AGUUUCUGUUUUGUGAUGGCUCCCACCAAUCGGCGCUGUGCCGUAUUAAACUGUAAACGACCUCAUAAAGAAGGGUCCUUAUUUAGACCUCCUCAUCCAAAUAAAUAUUGGGAUUUAUUUUUAUUAUGGGUGAAAGCGACAGGAAAUCCAAAAUACGCACAAAUGGAUGCAAAGGAGUGUCACAAGAAGAUGUUAAUUUGUGAGGUUCACUUUAGUUCGGAAGAACUUAUAGAACUUCGUAAUAGAGUUAAAAGAUGCAUUCCAUCAAAAAAUCUACCAGACCCCAUAGAAGUUCAACUCGGCAUUGACACCGAUGCAGCGCCGGCAGUUACAUUUUGCGCCAUUGAAAAGGAGAAUAUUUUAACUCCAAAGAGGCAAGCAACUGCAAUACUGUAA